AUGUCAAACGCAAAGUAUACUACUGUGGCAGUGAGGGAAAACUACGAUGAUCUUGGUCAUCCCAACAACACUGCCCUUGCCCUUAUAGAUGAUAAUGGCGAUCUUAUGUCUAACCCAAAGAAGGGUUCUACAAUUUCAUCAAUGGAGAACCACCGUCUUCAUCACGACACCCCCAUUACUUAUCAUGUCGUGAAGGUGAACCAAUCUGACUCUAAUGUGCGUAAUAGAAUAAAAAGAAAGUUGGAGGAAAUUGACGGAGCACAUUCCGUCUCAGCCAAGCUUUAUGAAAGGGGAGGAUAUAGGUGUGGUGCCAAGAUAACAGUUUGUGGCGACCAUGUAGAUCCAGUCACAAUCAUUCAGACGAUACUUAGGGAUGCAGAGAUUUUGUCCUACAAAAUAGAAAAGAACCCUUGUGAUGAAGCCUUUAACAACCAUAUUCAGAAUGAAAAACCUGCCCCCGAGGACUUGAAAAUUUUAUAUUCCAAGAUCCCUUAUGCUGUGCAGGUCGUUAAUAACCUGUGUUGUUCGGAACGCCUUGACAGAAUAAAGAGAGAGUUGAACAAAACUGACGGAAUAAAUUGCGUGACAGUAGAUUAUUAUCAGCGGAGGAUAAAAGUUUCUGGUGAUCAUGUAGAUCGAGCCACAGUGGUAGAGACAAUAGAAAAGUAUGCACAGAUUGAGCCCCACAGAAAUGCCAAGGACAAACCUGUUGCUGCAGCAGCACAAGGAUUCAAAAACAAGAAAAACUUCCAAUUUGAGACUUGUGUUGUGAAGGUUCCAAGUUAUUGGAUUACUUAUCAUUCGGAGACAAUACAGAAAAAUUUGUUGCAGGAAAUAAGUGGACUAAAAUCCAUCACCAUGAAUAAAUACAAACGCACGAUAGCAGUUUGUGGGGAUAUUGUAGACCCAGCCAUAGUCAUAAAGGCAUGUACAAUAUCAAGGGUUUGUAAGGCACGUCGUGCAGAGCUUGUGUCCUACGACAGGAAGAAUUCAAACCCUGCUGCAAAUCAUCUUGCACAGAAUAAUGAUCACUUCAUUCAAAACGACACAAAAUUAUCCCUUAAUUAUAACAAGGUAAUUAAGAUUGCAAUUUCCGGCUAA